GCAGCAUUCUUCCUAUUUAAAGCUGCAUCACUUGGGGGAAGAAAAAGUGUCUGCAGACUGUGCAGGAGCUGGGGGUGUUGGAAAAAAGAAAGGAAAAGAAAGCCAGCCUCGGGGAACCAGCAGACCCCCCCUCCCCUUUCCCCCUUCCUUUCUCUGUGCGUCCUGAGGGAGUGCUGAAAGGAAAAGAGCUGGCUUCAUGUUGUUCCAAUAGGGAUUUUUCUCUUUCUCCUGCAACACUUUUGUUUUGCACUUUUCCUUAUCACCCAGAGGAGGAUCUACAUGUCUAACGUUUAGACAUGAUGGCAAGCUGGACCCAAAGAAGAAAGCUGGUGCUUCUGAUUGCUUUUCUGGGACAUUUGGGAACGAUACGGACACAAGAGGAGGAAGAGUUUGAAGGGGAACUAGAUGCUGAAGAGGUUGCUUGCACACAGAAUGGCCAAGUGUACCUGAACAGGGAUAUAUGGAAACCUGCACCUUGUCAGAUAUGCGUCUGCGACAACGGAGCCAUUCUUUGUGAUGAGAUCCAGUGUCUUGAUGUGCUGGAAUGUGAAAGCCCACAAGUUCCCCCUGGAGAGUGUUGCCCUGUGUGUCCAAACACAGCCCGGAAUGGUUUUGAAGGAGCUAUAGGUAGGGGUCGGAAGGGUCAAAAAGGAGAACCCGGAAUUGUACCAGUGGUUACCGGUAUAAGAGGACGGCCUGGACCAUCUGGACCUCCAGGAUCACAGGGACCAAGAGGAAUUCGAGGGCCAAAAGGAAGACCUGGUGCCCGUGGUCCUCCAGGAUUAGAUGGAGAACCUGGUAUACCUGGACAACCUGGCGACCCUGGUCCUCCUGGACAACCAUCCACAGGACCAGAUGGAGUGGGCAGACCAUUUACGUCUCAGAUGGCAGGACUAGAUGAGAAAUCUGGACUCGCUAGUCAAAUGGGAUUCAUGCCUGGGGCAGUGGGUCCUGUGGGUCCGAGAGGUCCUCCAGGUGCGCAAGGACUAACAGGUGGUAGAGGCCCGCCAGGCCCUCCUGGGGAACAUGGGGACCCUGGACCAAUGGGGCCAGCUGGUGUUCGUGGCCCAGAGGGUCCUCCUGGAAAACCUGGUGAAGAUGGUGAAGCUGGGAGGUCCGGACAGCCUGGAGAAGUUGGAUUUCCAGGAUCACCAGGUGCUCGAGGUUUUCCUGGUGCACCUGGUCUUCCAGGACUAAAGGGCCAUAGGGGACAUAAAGGUCUAGAAGGCCCUAAAGGUGAAAUUGGAGCCACUGGAUCUAAGGGUGAACCUGGCCCACCAGGUCAAAUGGGUUUAACUGGUCCUAUGGGUCCUCGAGGAAUGGCUGGAGAAAGAGGAAGGAUAGGACCACAAGGUGCUCCAGGAGGUCGCGGUUCUCAUGGUAUGCCAGGAAAGCCAGGGCCAAUGGGCCCCCUUGGUAUACCUGGUUCGGCAGGUUUUCCAGGUGUCCCUGGCAUGAAGGGUGAAGCUGGUCCAACAGGUGCACGUGGGCCAGAAGGACCGCAGGGACCGAGAGGGGAAACAGGUCAACCAGGUCCUGCAGGAUUAUCUGGGCUCCCUGGUGCUCCUGGUACAGAUGGGUCCAUGGGUGCUAAAGGGCCAACAGGAUCUCCAGGUACUUCAGGACCACAUGGCUCACCAGGCCCACUUGGUUCUACAGGGCCACAAGGCAGCACAGGACCUCCUGGCAUCCGAGGACAAAUGGGAGACCCAGGUGUGCCAGGUUUUAAAGGAGAAGCAGGCCCCAAGGGAGAACCUGGUCCACAUGGCCCUCAGGGUCCAAUUGGUCCUGUUGGUGAAGAAGGGAAAAGGGGUCCUCGUGGUGACCCAGGGUCAGUUGGCCCUCCUGGACCUCUGGGAGAACGGGGUCCUCCUGGAAAUCGUGGCUUUCCAGGCUCUGAUGGCUUGCCAGGACCAAAGGGAGCUCAAGGAGAAAGAGGACUGGCAGGAGCUUCUGGUCCUAAAGGAAGCCAAGGGGAUCCGGGUCGCACAGGUGAACCUGGACUUCCAGGUGCCAGGGGUCUUACAGGAAAUCCAGGUGUUUCUGGCCCAGAGGGGAAAUCUGGUCCUUUGGGUGCUCCAGGAGAAGAUGGUCGACCGGGCCCAGCAGGACCAAUAGGAAUCAGAGGCCAGCCAGGCAGCAUGGGUCUCCCUGGGCCAAAAGGCAUUAGUGGUGAUCCAGGGAAGGCAGGUGAGGCUGGCAAUGCUGGUGUCCCAGGACAAAGAGGUGCUCCUGGUAAAGAUGGUGAAGUUGGCCCUUCUGGUCCAGUUGGUCCUCCCGGACCAGCAGGAGAAAGAGGAGAACAAGGCCCCCCAGGUCCUACAGGCUUUCAAGGCUUACCUGGUCCUCCGGGACCUCCAGGGGAGGGAGGAAAGCCAGGUGACCAGGGUGUUCCCGGAGAUGGUGGAGCCCCAGGUCCUUUAGGUCCAAGGGGUGAACGUGGCAAUCCAGGUGAGAGAGGAAACCCAGGAACAUCUGGAAUGCCAGGAGAAAAGGGUAUGGCUGGAGGCCAAGGCCCUGAUGGUCCAAAGGGAAAUCCAGGCCCUUCUGGAACUUCAGGGGACCAAGGGCCUCCAGGUCUUCAGGGAAUGCCAGGAGAGAGAGGCAUUGCGGGAACUCCUGGUCCCAAAGGGGAUAGGGGCAGUAUAGGAGAAAAGGGAAGUGAAGGUACAGCUGGCAAUGAUGGUGCAAGAGGUCUUCCAGGUCCAUUAGGCCCAGGCGGCCCUGCAGGUCCUGCUGGCGAAAAGGGGGAACCUGGCCCUCGAGGUUUAGUUGGCCCUGCAGGCUCUCGAGGAAAUCCUGGCUCUCGUGGUGAAAAUGGUCCGACGGGGCCAGUUGGCUUUGCUGGUCCUCCGGGCCCUGAUGGUCAACCUGGUGUAAAAGGGGAACCUGGGGAACCUGGACAAAAAGGAGAUGCUGGAUCCCCUGGACCUCAAGGUCUUUCAGGUUCUCAUGGCCCACCAGGUCCAUCUGGCGUUCCUGGACUAAAAGGUGGUCGUGGUACUAAAGGUCCCCCUGGCGCUACAGGUUUCCCUGGAUCUGCUGGUAGAGUUGGACCCCCAGGACCUACUGGGGCUCCUGGUCCAGCUGGGCCUAUUGGUGAACCAGGCAAAGAAGGUCCUCCAGGUCUACGUGGUGAUCCUGGCGCUCAUGGUCGAGUGGGAGAUCGAGGUCCAGCUGGACCAGCUGGCAGUGCAGGAGACAAAGGAGAUUCAGGAGAGGAUGGACAACCCGGUCCUGAUGGUCCUCCAGGUCCUGCUGGAACAACCGGUCAGAGAGGUAUUGUGGGUAUGCCUGGUCAACGUGGAGAAAGAGGCAUGCCUGGGCUACCUGGACCUGCUGGUACACCAGGAAAACAAGGUUCGACAGGGCCUCCAGGAGACAAAGGACCUUCUGGGCCCAUAGGUUCUCCCGGUGCCACUGGUCCAGUGGGCGAAGCAGGCCCAGAGGGUCCUGCUGGUAAUGAUGGUACUCCUGGAAGAGAUGGAGCUGUUGGAGAAAGGGGUGAUCGUGGUGAACAUGGGCCUGCAGGCCUUCCUGGUUCUUCGGGUUCCCCGGGCACUCCAGGGCCAGUUGGACCUACAGGAGAUCCAGGACAAAGAGGUGAACCAGGCUCACGAGGACCAGUGGGUCCUCCUGGACGUGCUGGAAAACGGGGAUUGCCGGGUCCUCAAGGUCCUCGUGGAGACAAGGGUGACCAUGGAGAUCGAGGUGACAGGGGACAGAAGGGUCAUCGUGGUUUCACUGGUCUUCAGGGUCUCCCUGGACCACCCGGUCCUGUUGGGGAACAAGGCAGCACUGGUAUUCCAGGUCCAUUUGGCCCUAGAGGUCCUCCAGGUCCAGUUGGGCCUUCAGGUAAAGAAGGAAAUGCUGGGCCUCUUGGGCCAGUUGGACCUCCUGGUGGAAGAGGAACAUUAGGAGAAGCAGGACCUGAGGGCCCACCAGGAGAUCCUGGUCCUCCAGGGCCCCCAGGCCCCCCAGGCCACCUCACUGCUGCCAUUGGUGACAUCAUGGGACAUUAUGACGAUGGUCUAGCAGAUGCCUUGCCGGAGUUCACGGAUGAUGAGGCCGCCCCCGAUGACAGCAAUAAAACAGACCCAGGUGUCCAUGCUACUUUGAAGUCACUAAGCAGCCAAAUUGAAACUAUGCGUAGCCCUGAUGGCUCCAAGAAGCACCCAGCCCGCACUUGUGAUGAUCUCAGACAGUGCCAUCCAUCCAAAAAGAAUGGAGAGUAUUGGAUUGAUCCUAACCAGGGUUGUGUGGAAGAUGCUAUCAAAGUUUUCUGCAAUAUGGAAACAGGAGAAACCUGUAUAUCUGCAAAUCCAUCUAUCAUUCCACGCAAAACAUGGUGGACUAGUCGGUCAUCUGAACUAAAACCUGUGUGGUAUGGACUUGAUAUGAAUAGGGGUUCUCAGUUUGUCUAUGGUGACGGUGAGUCACCCAACACUGCUGUCACUCAAAUGACUUUCCUGCGCUUACUAUCCAAAGAAGCCUCUCAGAACAUUACCUACCAUUGCAAGAACAGUAUAGGAUACAUGGAUGACCAAGCCAAGAAUAUGAAGAAGGCUGUGAUUUUGAAGGGAGCAAAUGACCUUGAGAUUAAGGCAGAAGGAAACAGCCGAUUUAGAUACACUGUCCUUCACGACAGCUGCUCUAAACGCAAUGGGAACACGGGCAGCACAGUCUUUGAAUACAAAACCCAGAACGUGGCACGUUUACCGAUUGUUGAUAUCGCUCCUGUGGACAUUGGAAGUGCAGAACAAGAGUUUGGAAUAGAGAUUGGGCCAGUUUGUUUUGUGUAAACAAAGAAAAUAAAGUAAAUGAAUACAAAAGGGAAAAAUCUUAUCUAUUCAAAAGCAUUGGGAGCAACAGCAACAAACCACAAGAACUGAGUGAAGUUAAUCCUGAGACUCUUGAAGUGACGGCUGAUAUUGGGAUCAGCAUUGUAUAUAACCGUUCUUUAUAAUUCCCUGGCCUUCUUUAGAAUAUUUAUUUUAUUUACUUUAAAAACUCCAGUCUAUUUGUCCCAAGUCAACAUUUUAAUGAAGUUAUAGGACUUUCAAACAUAAAUGAUGCAAAAGAAUAACACAUGUUUCCUAGUUAUAAAUGAUAAUAAGAAUGAUGGAUUUUAUUUGGGACUCCUGCUCAACUAAAACAAGUAUUAUUCAUAUGAUACAAGCAAUAUUAAACAUUCAAUUCACUAUUACACCAUUGUAGCAUCAUAGAGUGUGACUGUAGCAGUGCAACCCUAUACAUUUCUAAUCCAAAGUAAGAAUUACCAGUAAGUGGGAAUUUUUCUCCAGCAGGCAGUAUAGUUUUUCAGCCUCAUUGGCAUUAGGAGGCUGUAGCCCAAGAACUAGGUGGUUCAAUUUACAUUUUGCUCCUGACUGACCCCUACAGAAAGGAAGAAGCCAGAUUAGACAGAAUUCUCCCUUCUAUGCAACUCUUAAAGGUACAGGAGCUUUCUCAGGGUCUGGACAUUGGGAACCUUUAAGGCCCUUGGGCCCGCAGUUCCAAAGUCUCCAAAGUUCCCUUACCUUCCCAACCUUGGUUGCCAGUGAGAGGUUUUGUUUAUAGUCUUCUUCAUUUAGGAUUUCCAUCAUUUCACUUUAUGUUUCCAGAAUCUUGCUUUCCUUAAAUUUUUUGACAGAUUUCAUAUGCAGCUUAACUUCCUUACUUGCCCCUUAAGAUCUGACCUUGCUUUCUUUUCAAACUCUGCUCCUGCACCUCCAGUUGGUGGUCUUUCUAUCUUGCUGCUUAGCUCUUCUUCUCCCAAGGAGUCAUGUGAGGGGUUUCUGUAGCCAAACCUUCAUUUCACUUCCUUCACAUUAUCUGAAAUAUUCAUAAUUAUUCUGUUGCAGUGGUUCAUGAGCACACAAUAAUUUCAAAGUGCAACAAAACACUGUCAAAAAUGUUUUUGCCACUGUCACCAAGAAUUCUUCUGUACAUUGCAGUAUUGUAUAUGUUUCAAAAACAGUGUUUUACUCUAGAUUUGUCAGCUAGUCUUUGGAUACUGGCCAUAAUGCAUGUACUGGCCUGCAUUCUAUUUGAGACAGUUUGUCAUUGGCCCAUUCCACACAGCUGAAUAAAAUCCCACAUCAUCUGCUUUGAACUGAGAUAUAUGUCAGUGUGGACUCAUAUAACCCAAUUCAAAGCAGAUAUUGUGGGUUAUUCUGCCUUGAUAUUCUGGGUUAUAUGGCUGUGUGGAAAGGCCCUAAGUCAAUCAUCUUUAAAUUCACUACCCAAAGAACAAGUCUUAAAUUAAUGGGAUUUUUAAUCUCUAAUGAUUCUUUACCUCAUUGAGAAGAGUUGUAUAUCCCCUUCUUUUAUUAUUGUGGUUAGUAUCAACAUUUCUGAAAUACUUUGGUGAUCAUCAAGAUUUUCCUCCUUCUUCAAAUGUAUUGUCCGAUUAUGUGUGCUGUCAUUUAUUUCUCCCUAUUAUUCCAAAACCAAGUAUCAAUUACAAAGCUUAAAGUGAAUCACUGUUGCUGAGAUAAGUUGUCACUCAUGCAUUGCCAGCAAUUGUGACUUCCCAGGGCACAUGAAUGGUCCAUCAUUUCUUAGCAUGAGCUACCUCAUCUCUAGAAGCUGGGAUGCAUUUAAUAAUCUAGUGUUUGUUCUAGAUAUCGACAAGGUGCUAUGCUUCUGUUGUAAUUCCCGAGAAUGGAGAUAGGCAGGGCAAUAUCAUAUAAAAAUAGUAAUAAUAACAGUAAUAAUAGUGAAAUCUUGUUUAUUUUAAAGGGAAUGGUGCUAAAAUGGUUUCUGUAAACUCCUGAGAAAAUAAAAGAUUGUUGCCAUCAGCUUCUUUUCUUUUAGUAGAAGUUAGAUAAUAGAUUCUUGGUGUCUGGGGAAAACAGUACAUUUCCCCUUAUGGUUACGCCAUAUACACAGUGUUGUCUACAUGAGCAUAUCCUUUUCCCUUCCAUAGAUUAUAUGGUAGAAAUCUACUUCUCUAUGGACCACUUCUUUGUUGAAGAACUGUGCUCUCCUCUGUUUCUUUAAACAAUAAACACAAAAAAGAAAGCAAACAGCCAUACGCAUAGCUUUAUUCAUGUAUCUUUGCAAAGCAUUUAAUUAAAUAUAAGUUUCUCGCUGA